AUGAGUAACACGUCAGCAGGACCUUCAUCUAAAGCUAGAGUCGGUUCUUCCCAACCAUCCGAAAACUCACUCAAGCGAAAACGUGGGAUGUUUCAGAAGGAAUUGCAGCACAUGAUGUAUGGCUUUGGGGAUGAACUACAUCCUCUCCCAGAGACCGUCUCUCUUGUUGAGGAUAUUGUUGUGGAGUAUGUCACUGAUAUGGCAAGUCUUGUCCAUAAAGCUCAAGAUGUUGCAUCGAAAAGAGGAAAGCUUAUGACAGAGGAUUUCCUUUUUCUGAUUCGCAAGGAUUUGCCAAAACUAAACCGUUGCACAGAAUUGUUGUCGAUGAAUGAAGAACUUAAGCAAGCAAGGAAGGCCUUUGACACUGAUGAGGAGAAGGUGCUAUCAGUUGACUGA